CCUGAGGGCUUGAGGCGGGAGGCGGGAACCGGCCCAUUCCCGCCACCGGGCUCUCGCUGUCCCGCCCUCCGGCCGCGCCACCGCCGGCUCCGGUUUAGCGCCGAAAUAGGGUUUUAGAUCGGGGAGAGGCCCGGUUGAAGCUUACAUUGGGAACCAUCUGGCACAAAGGUACCCAGGCCCAGCGCCCGGGCUGCUUCCCGCUCCUGCCGGGAGCUCCCGUGCCCACGACUGCUCCACAUGAGCCUUGCGGAGACAGAAACGCCUGCCAAGCUGCACAGACAGGAAUAUUUUCAGAACAGUGUUAUGCCUUAUAGAGGAAGCCUGCUCAUAUGCAGAUUCUUUAAAGCCAUUUAGCUUUUCAGACGGUGUCACCUGGGAUCUCACUGCAGAGCCAGUGAAGAAAAUGACAGAAAGUUGUGGGCAGGAGCAGACGAGAUGGAUAACAACAGUCAUUAUGAGCACAGCUCUGCAGGAUCAUGAAAUUUCUACAAUUCUACAGAGGCAACACCACCGAGUUCGAUAUUCAGAAUCAGUGGAAACUGGAUCUGUGAUUUUUCCUCUUUCUGGUGUUGCAUUUAUACUGUCAGACACUCAAGAUUUGCUUAGGACAGGGGAAGAACAGUUUUCUGAAAGAAUUCAGAAGUUCAUAGGCAUUCAUCGGAACAGUUUUCUGGUUUUGUCAGCUGCUCUUCAUGGAUCAGAAGAAUGGAAUGUCAUGUUCAGGAUUCAGAAAAGAUUCCUGGGCAGUAAUUUACGUGUAAUACCAGUUCAUAAUCCUGCUGAAACUGUUAAAUUAAUGCUAACUAUGGCUAAGAUGACUUCCAAGCCACAAGCAGAUGAUACUCGUUACAAACUGGAAAUGACAAAAGCCCAAAUAAUAGAAAAAAGUCCAGUUUGGAAGAUGCUCCAGGAAUACCAAUUGCACUGUAAUUAAUUUCAUGUUUGGGGUUUUUAUUCAUAAAUAGAGUGGCUACAUUUUAAACAAAAUAUAGAAUGUUCUUAAAAAUAUAGUUACAUUUCAAAAGACUAUAUACAAUAUAUGCAUUUGGAAUGAAAAUUCAUAUUAAAUAACUAUACAGUGAAAAAUAGCAUACUUGAUACCAAAUGUGCAUUCCAAGCAUGGGGAAAACUGAUUUAGAUGCACUAUAGAAAAGUCAUCUUUAUUUAACUUGAUUCUGAACUUACAGACUCAUCUGUUUAUAAAUAAUUUCCCAAAAUAUUUACUAUGUCUUAAGGAAAACUUUAUCAUUAAAGAUAAGUGUGAUCAGAACAAUUCCAAAAUACAGGUUUUCCCAGCAUACACAGGUAUUUGUAUGAAAUCUUACACUGUUUUUUAAACACAAGCAUUAUCUGUUAUGUUACAGAUCUUGGCUCAAGAUCUUUCUUGGCUCAAAGUUGAUGUGUUUUCCUUUAAACCUGGCUUCCUUUGCCAGAGUAUUUUACUAUCUAUAGAUUGUAUAUUCUAUACUGUUACUUAGCAAUACCUUACAGUCUGCUUGCAAAUAUACAAGCUAGUUUGUCAACAUAAAAAC